AAACAACCCGCUGCACUGCACGGGAGCGGGUCCUUGAGACACGCCCUUGACCAAUCAGAGGCCGCUUGAAUUUUUGCCCAGUACUCGUCGCGAACUCGAAGCUCCGACAGCUCCAAAGGUCGGUCGCACCACCAUCCGCAUCUGUGUCUAUCCACCGAGGGAAUGCCACAGCACCGUUGCCGCCAUGCCUAGCUCUUGCAAAGAACUGCGCGAGGCCCUCGCACAAUGCCUCCAGGAAUCCGAGUGCGUCAUGGUCCAGCGCAACAGCGCCUCCGACUGCCUUCGCUCCCCCCUCGUCGAGACCCUCCCCACAAAGUGCCAGCAGCUCAAGAAGGGCUUCGGCGAGUGCAAGCGCGGCAUGGUCGACAUGCGCAAGCGCUUCCGCGGCAACAUGCCCGUCAACUACAAGACCAUGAACGACGCCGAGGCCGGCAAGGGCUACCAGCUGUACGCCGGGCGCCCGGCCUUCGCUGGCGGCAGGGGUGAAACUGACGGCAACGAGCCCGCUCCCAAGGACUGGCGGGAUGUUGAGAAUGAGCAGUACAGGAGAGAGCAGGAGGCGGCCCAGAAAAAAUAAGGAGACUCGGAAGAGAAGAGCAGGAAAAGGGGCAGCCGAGAGAAGGCACGGACACACCACUUGUACAGUCUACGUGUAUGAUCUGGACAGCGAAGCAUCGGGAGGCGUCAUGGAGUUUUACAAGAACUUGGUCUAAUCACCGGAUGUAUGGGUCAACCCCACGGUGCAUCUUUUGGGUUCUCACAAGACAUCCCGACUCAACGAUAAGGUGUAGCAUACAAUCGCAUUGCUUGCGAAUUCCGAGAUCCUCGUGUGGAAACUCAACUUCGAGCCAGUUGGGUUGGGCAUUAGUAAUGCCCGGCCUGGUCUGGUUACACGAAAACAUAGAGUUCGCUCGGUUCUCGCCGGUGAAAUAAUAACUGCACGCUUGUCCGGGAA